AUGGAUAUAUUUGUGAUAUCUUCUAAUGGGGUUGUCAUAUUAGUUAGAAUACCCGAUGUAUUAAUACUAUGUCUCGGUGCUCCCGCCGCCGUGUUUCAUCGCACCGAGGUCAUUCUUGGAGAACUGCCUCUUGAACGACGUAUAACUCUACCGAGAGCUGAGCAACCUCGAUUGGAAGAUACAGACCUCGGCUGGAUCAGAACGGAACAUUUGGCGCCCGAAACAAUUAAUCUGACCCCACCUUUUCUUUAUAUAUUGCACUUUACUUUUUUUCCUUUACGCAGAGCUUUCCCCACAUACCUCGACGGCGCUGCAUUGCUGUGGUUUUCAAAAUUACCUGCAGGUUUGAUCUCUUCCUUCGAGGAACUGGCGAAGUCUUUCAUAGACUACUUCGCUGCAGCACGGAUAUACGUACAUGGAUCAGAUUACCUCGGCACCAUCCGCCAAGGUCCACAAGAAAGCCUGAAAGACUAUCUAACCAGGUUUGCAGAAGCAACAAUGGAAAUACCCGACCUGGACCCCGCAGUCCACCUACAUGCCCUCAAGGCCGGCCUCCGACCCGGAAAGUUCAGAGAGACAAUCACAAUCACCAAGCCGAAGACAUUGGAGGAGUUCCGAGAGAGAGCAGCUGGGCAAAUGGAGAUUGAAGAACUCUGUGAGGCCAACCGAACAGAAAGAAAACCUAGAAGGGAGGAAGACAGGAUGCCGAGAUCAGCGAACAACAAAGAGCUCGGCAAACUGAAGCUCACCCCAAAAUUCGACAACUACACCAGAUUCAACACAAAAAGGGAAAAGAUAAUCAAAGAAAUACUCAACGCCAAAAUCAUAAAGUCACCAGCAAGAGCUGGGAGCUACCAACACCAGAGAUUUGUAGACAAAAGCAAGCACUGUGCCUUCCACCAGAAAUACGGACACACAACCGAUGAGUGCGUAAUAGCCAAAGACCUAUUGGAAAGAUUAGCUCGCCAGGGCCUACUAGAUAAGUACAUCGAAGGAAGAAAACACAAAGAAGGCGGCUGA